UUUCUGUUAUUCCUAUAGUCGGGAUGGGUGGUGUGGGAAAGACAACACUUGCUAAACUUGCCUACAAUGAUGUCAGAUUGGAAGGUCAUUUUGAUUUCAAAGCUUGGGUUUGUGUUUCUGAAGAAUUUGAUGUGAUCAAGAUAACAAAAACAAUUCUAGAUUCCAUUGCUGGACAUAUUGGUGAUGUUAAUGAUCUUAACAUGCUUCAAGUGAAAUUGAAGGAGAAGUUGUUGAGAAAGAAAUUUUUGUUUGUUUUGGAUGAUAUAUGGACUGAGAAUCCUAGUGAUUGGUCUCUCUUACGCUAUCCCUUUGAAGUAGGCUCACCAGAAAGCAAGAUUAUUAUCACAACUCGUAAUGAAGUUAUUUCAACCAUGAUGGGUACUCUUCCAGCUUAUUCAUUGAAAGAGUUAUCAGAUGAAGCUUGUUUGCGUAUAUUUACUCAAUACGCAUUGGGGACAACAGAUUUUAGUCUGCAUGAGCACUUGAAGGAAAUUGGUGAGAAGAUAGUAAAAAAAUGCAAUGGCUUACCUUUGGCAGCAGAAAUCCUAGGUGGGCUAUUACGUGGGAAACCUAAUAGCAAUGCCUGGGGAGGAGUACUGAAUAGUAGAGUAUGGGAUUUACCAGAAGAGAAAAGCAACAUUUUACCAGCUUUGAGAGUAAGUUAUUUCUUCCUUCCUUCUCAUUUAAAAAGAUGUUUUGCAUACUGUUCAGUAUUCCCAAAGGAUUAUGAAUUUCUUAAAGAAGAGAUAAUCUUGUUAUGGAUGGCUGAGGGUUUAUUACAGAAUAAUAAGAAGCAAAUGGAAGAUUUGGGCAAUGAGUUCUUUCAUGAUCUGAAAUCAAGUGUUGGAUUUUAA